CUCUCUCUCUGAUCACCAUCACCAGCAAUCAAUCAUGAAGAUCCUGAGCACCACCGCUCUCGCCGGACUCCUGCUCUCGCUCUCAGGGUUUGAGGCCAUAGUGCAUCUGACCCAGGAGAAGAUCUUGAACGUCAACGUAGGACAAGAUGUACGGAUUCUCUGCAGGAGGGAUAGUGGAAGCUGGGGCAUUUCAUGGUACCAGCAGAAAGCUGGAGAUACUCCGAAGUACUUACUAGCUGAUAGCAACAGAGCCAGUGGCCUGUCCAGCAGAUUCACAUACACGGACAACGGUAAUGAUGAGUACCUGAACAUCGCCAAAGUGGAAGCUGAGGAUGAAGCGGUGUAUUACUGCGGCUGCUUCAUCUGUGAGAGCCACGGCAGCAUCGGCGGCGGCACCGAAUUAAAGAUCGCUCGUCCAUCGUCUCCUCCGUCCCUGCUUCUUCUCGCUCCAUCCGGUUCUCCGCUCUCUGAAGGUGAUGUCAGUGUGAUGUGUGUGGCUCGGGGCUUUUACCCCGACAGUGUCACCAUGUCCUGGUCUGAGAACAGCAGCAGCGUGACGGGUGACGAGGCGCAGACGGGUCCGCCUCAGCGUCAGGCCGACGGCACGUUCUCCCGGACCAGCGUCCUGAAGCUCAGUAAGCAGCGCUGGAGCUCCGGGAGAACCUACACGUGCCGUCUGAGUCACCCGGCGCUUUCCACACCGCUGAGCCAAAGCACCAGCCUGGACGAGUGCGUGUAGAGAGACCUCACAGAGCGCCGUUUCAUCUGUUACGUGUUGCAUAUCAAUAAAACGCGCCUCAGUGAACAAAACUGUCUUUAAUAACGAGUGUUGUGUGUCGUCCAUUUCAACAACCGCUUCUGUUAUUGCGUAAUAAGUCUCGUGGCUCUCAACUCUGUCGCUUACUGCUCAUAAGCUUCAACUCUAUUACUACAAUAAAUAAAGCAUCUAAAAGGUUCAAAUGAAACCAUAUA